GCCCAGGCGGCGCUGCCCCCGCUGCGGCAGCGCCCCCCGCUCAUGCGCCGCCUGCCGCGGCGCCUCCCCCGGCGCCUCCUGCGGCGCCUCCCGCGGCCAAGGUCACCGACAUCAUCAAGGAGUACCACGCUAGCCUGUGAGGAGCCGCCGGGCCGCACGGCGUCUUCGCCUCUCCGCCCGCUCCUCCUCCCCUCCUUCCCACGACUCCUUCUUGUCGCACCCCUAGACAUGUCGGCUGGGCGGGCCAGGCAUCUCGCUUAAGAGUUCUUCGCUUCUUUGGAGUUGCUGCGAAUACAGUCGGUACCUUUUUUCCUGCACGACGAGGUGGCCUUCGCUGUCUAAGAUAAGUAGCUGCAGUGCAAUGCGUAGGUAGCCUCACCCACGCGUUGCUACGCUCGGCGGGAUGCGCUUUCGCCAAAACGUGGACCGCGUACGAGGCAG